UUUUUACGCAAGCAAACCACUCCAACCUCAUCUGCUCAUAUUUUCCCAGGCGCCAAACAGGUGGUAAAGAAAAAGCACAACCCACCCUGUGCCAAUAUAAUCAAACCAUCGCCAUCCAAAAAGGCCCUCAUAAUUUGUAUUUAUUACUUUAUCGUGCCAUUGUGUGGAAAACGCAUCAUCAUCAUGCAUCGCUCUCUCCUUAAUGCUCAUCAACCACCUAUGAGCUUCACCCUCACAUCCCGCAACUCCAAUUCGCCAAGAACCGUACUCUCACACGUGGCACAUACUAUGGCGCACACUUGUCCACGAUCGCUACCUACCUCUGCGCCAAAACUGUCCUAUAAAUACCGGUCAUCGUCCCAGACCAGAAGCGUAUCCGAUUCCACUGAGACUGCAAUGAGCCCAGCAAUGGAGGAAGCUCUCGACGACGUCCAGAAGCUUCGGGAUGAGUUCCUGAAAGUCCUGCGUAGCAGACGAUCGGGCGAAGUUCCGUUAUCGGUUGAACCGGCAAAACCAGUGGCUCAUCCAUUGUUUCAGGAGGCUUCUCCGCCAACUUUCAGUGAGGCAAUGAACGCUUGUCCCAAGGCCAACAUCCCCAAUUUUAAGGAUAAGCUACAUGAGGAAAACCUUUACUUAAUUACUGAGGAAGGAGAGCAAGGGCGGUUACCCGUGUGGAUUUUAAGCAUGAAGGAAAACAAUACCCAGAAAAGGCCUGCUGUUGUUUUUCUGCAUAGUACAAACAAAAACAAAGAGUGGUUAAGACCAUUGCUUGAGGCAUAUGCUUCAAGGGGAUAUGUAGCAAUUGCCAUUGAUUCUCGCUACCAUGGUGAACGUGCCAGCAAUAUAUCCACUUACCGAGAUGCUCUCAUAUCAUCGUGGGAAAAGGGUGAUACAAUGCCAUUCUUAUUUGAUACGACCUGGGACUUGAUAAAAUUGGCAGAUUAUCUAACAACACAGAGGGAGGAUGUAGACCAUAGUAGGAUAGGAAUCACUGGUGAAUCACUUGGAGGUAUGCAUGCAUGGUUUGCUGCUGCUGCUGAUACCCGCUAUGCAGUAGUGGUCCCUAUUAUUGGUGUUCAGGGGUUUAGAUGGGCCAUAGACAAUGAUAAGUGGCAGGCUCGAGUUGACAGUAUAAAACCUGUCUUUGAGGCAGCACAAAUUGAUCUCGGGAAGACUUCGAUUGACAAAGAAGUUGUGGAGAAGGUCUGGGAUAGGAUUGCUCCUGGUCUAGCCUCCAAGUUUGAUUCUCCUUACACAAUUCCUGCUAUUGCACCACGCCCUCUGUUGAUUGUGAAUGGUGCGGAAGAUCCUCGAUGUCCACUUGCUGGUCUGGAAAUCCCCAAGUCAAGAGCAUGCAAGGCUUAUGAAGAUGCGCAGAGUAUGCAUAACUUUAAGUUGAUAGCAGAGCCAGGCAUCGGCCACCAAAUGACUGCGUUUAUGGUAAAAGAAGCCAGCUACUGGUUAGACCAAUUUCUCAUGCCGUGACACAACGGUUGUUACUAUUCUGUUGAUUCUCGAGCGAUCAAAUUCCCAAGUGUUUAUAUGAUUUUAGAACCGAUUAGCCAUAAUAAGAGUUGUAAAGUUAUGUGUCGCUCAUUGCAUCUGAAAAUGUAAGAGUUGUUUUUAUUUACUCGCUUAUGCAUGUAUUGAUUGGUACUAAAUAAAUCAAAAGAAAAAUCCUAGUGUUGUAUAUGCAUGGGUUUGCCCAAUGAGGAGCUAUGGUCGUACGUAUUAUU